UAAAGAUUUGAUGCUUAUAAUUUCAAGUCAAUGUAUUAAUACUAUAAAAGCAAAUUGAUUAUCACCCUAAUCACAGAUUUAAACAGCCAUUGUUAUCACAGAUCACCAGAAAAACCCCAUCACUUCUUGUAUUAUUGGGCCCACCUGUCCAAAACAAACAACAAUUUUGGCCUUAAAAUUCAGUUUUAAAGAUCAAAUCCCAGCUACAGUAUUUUUUUUUGUGGGGUCGUCUGAAAAAUGGAGCCAAAUUCAUCUGAACAAGACUCGCCAUUACUGGGGAGCCCUCGCCGGAGACUGAGUCAAAACGACCGUCAACAACUGCUGCACCGACGUAACUCGGUUAACUCGUUGAGAGACGAUUUCAUAUCCAGGUUGCCUGAUAAGCUUCGUUCUGGGGUUGAUGAUGAGUCUCGCUAUGAUGUUAAUUUCUCUAAAACUCAUAGUUUAACUCAAGGAGAAAAGGAGUACUAUGAAAGACAAUUUUCUACCUUGAAAUCAUUUGAGGAGGUUGAUCAUGUAGUCCAAUCAGGUUCACCGGAAGAGGAUGAUGAUGAACAAGCUCAACACGAACGAGCAAUGAGGAUCUCAAAUUACGCUAAUGUUGUGCUUUUGGCAUUCAAGAUUUAUGCUACCGUAAUGACUGGAUCAUUAGCCAUUGCUGCAUCGACGUUGGAUUCUUUGCUUGACCUUAUGGCUGGUGGUAUACUUUGGUUUACUCAUCUUUCAAUGAAAAACAUCAAUAUCUACAAGUACCCUAUUGGGAAACUAAGAGUCCAGCCAGUAGGAAUCAUCAUUUUUGCUGCUAUCAUGGCUACCUUAGGAUUUCAAGUUCUCAUACAGGCUGUUGAACAACUAAUCAAGAAUGAAGGUGCUGAUAAAAUGACAUCUGAACAAUAUAUUUGGCUCUGCGCGAUCAUGAUAUCAGCUACAGUUGUAAAACUUGUCUUGUUCCUUUACUGCAGAAGCUCUGGAAAUGAAAUUGUCCGUGCUUAUGCCAAGGAUCACUACUUUGAUGUGGUUACAAAUGUGGUUGGUUUAGUUGCUGCAAUUCUUGGUGACAAGUUUUUCUGGUGGAUAGACCCUGCUGGCGCUAUUCUCCUUGCAAUAUAUACAAUUGCAAAUUGGUCAGGAACUGUUUUAGAGAAUGCAGUUUCACUAAUAGGACAGACAGCACCUCCUGAAGUCUUGCAAAAGUUCACAUACCUAGUUAUAAGGCACCCUAAAGUUAAGCGUAUUGACACUGUCCGUGCUUACACUUUUGGCGUGCUUUACUUUGUGGAGGUUGACAUUGAACUUCCCGAGGAUAUUCCUUUGAAAGAAGCACAUGCAAUCGGAGAGACACUACAGAUUAAGCUAGAGAAACUCCCUGAAGUCGAACGAGCAUUCGUCCAUUUAGAUUUUGAAUGUGAACAUAAACCAGAGCACACUGUUUUAAGCAAGCUGCCUAAUACUGAACCUUGAUUAUUAUGUGUUUGAGUGAACAAGCCUACAUAUAUAUCCAAGCUACUGUUGUGGAUUACUAAUUUAUAAUUUAGGAAAGGUUAAUUCUUUGAAUAACAAGUCACAAGUUUGCAGUUUUGUUCCUGGUAUGUAUCUGAUACUAAUUAAUACUCCCUUUAAUCUUUCUGUGUUUGGUUCAAGUGAAAUAGAGGUGGAUCAAAUAUUGGAGUAA